GGUUGUGUGCGCGCGCAUCGUUGAGUAGUUGCUGUAAUGUGGACAAGCAAGAGCCGCUUGUUGGGAUUGCCUUUAACUUGGUGUCCCUCUACCCUCCGGGGGAAAGGGGGCGACGGGCUGUUUAAAGGCCGCAGCAAUACGUCCGGACUGAAGGUGAUUGAGGCGCUUUUGGAAACGGCGGCCAAAGGACAGGAGAUCCGGGUCCAGGGCUGGGUACGGGCUGUACGUGCACAGAAGGAAAUUACGUUUUUGAAUAUUAAUGAUGGAAGUUCAUUACAAAAUCUUCAAAUAGUUGCACGGCCAGAUUUAAAUAUCAGAGGCAUAACUUUUGGCAGUGCAGUUGAAAUUUGGGGGAAACUAGUACAGAGUCCUCACAAGAAACAGAGAACAGAGUUGCUCGCUGAUAAAAUCAGAUUGGUUGGAGCCUGUAAUCCUGUGAAUUUGCCGUUCAAGAUCAAGGAGAGGCAUUCACUGGAAUACAUAAGACAGUUUCCUCAUCUUCGUUGCAAAACAAAUGUUUUCAGUUCACUACUCAGAAUACGAAGCGAAGCGUCCACAGCAAUUCAUUCGUUUUUCAAAAAUAAUGGGUUUGUUCAUAUACACACGCCCAUAAUAACAUCAAACGAUUGUGAAGGAGCUGGCGAACUCUUCCAAAUUGAACCUGCAAGCAGAACAGCUGAAAAGCAUGAGAAUACUCCUUUCUUUGAUGUUCCUUCCUUCUUAACUGUGUCUGGACAACUACAUUUGGAAGUGAUGACUGGGGCUUUCACUCAAGUAUAUACCUUUGGACCAACAUUUCGUGCAGAAAACUCCCAAACCAGAAGACAUUUAGCAGAGUUUUACAUGGUAGAAGCAGAACUUGCCUUCACUGAAAGUUUGAAAGACAUUAUGGAGGUGAUGGAGAAUCUCUUCAAGAUCACAACUUCGCAUAUUCUUUCAAACUGUUCAGAUGAUGUUGAACUCUUCCACAAAUAUAUAGCUCCUGGACAAAAGGAAAGAAUGGAACAGAUGCUGAAAAAUUCAUUUCAAGUGCUUUCCUAUACUGAAGCAAUUGACAUUUUGCAGCGAAGCACAGAAACCUUCAAGUUUGAACCAAAGUGGGGCUGUGACCUGCAGACUGAGCAUGAGAAUCGUUUGGUACAGCACUGUGGCAAUAUCCCUGUUUUUGUGGUUAAUUAUCCUUAUGACAUCAAGCCCUUUUAUGCCAGAGACAAUCAAGAUCACCCUCAGCAUACAGUGGCAGCAGUUGAUCUUCUGGUGCCUGGAAUCGGAGAAUUAUGUGGUGGAAGCUUGAGGGAGGAGCGACUUGAUCUACUGCAAUCUCGCCUAAAAGAGCUUGGUCUAAAAGAAACGUACCAUUGGUAUGAGGAACUUCGCCAGUUUGGAUCAGUGCCACAUGGAGGAUUUGGAUUGGGAUUUGAGCGAUAUUUGCAGUGUAUCUUGGGUGUUGAGAACAUUAAAGAUGUUAUUCCAUUUCCAAGGUUUUCUCACUCUUGCCUUUUGUAAACCUGAGAGGAGUAAAUCAUGUUUUAUGAUUAAAGGUUUUAUUUCAAGAACCUUGUAAAACUGGCAAAUGGACAAUAUUUUCUCGUACUGUACAGUAGUUUAAUCCAAAUUCUUAAAUAUUUACAUAUGAAAUUGAUGUGAGUUGUAAUGAGAAAGAUGGAAGGUGACCAUAUGGCAGUGGUUAUUGUAUUUCUUUCUGAUAAAUCUUUCCAGGAUGUUUUUUUUUAAAUACAAUUAAGAGAAUAUAUCAGAUUACCAUUCUUCCAACUUACUUCAGUUCUCUAACAAGAGAAAUUAAUUUCUAUUUCUCUUUCAGUGAGAUUUGUGAAGAAGUAUUGUGUAAUUUGGAUCUUACUGGU